AUGGCUUCGUUACAGUUUGAUGACAAAAACGUACCCUAUCUCGACCUCGGCGACGGCUAUCGGAUCGCGCUGGAAGGCGACGAGUAUACAGAUGCGAAGGCAAAGGAAAAGGCCGCCCGGGAGUUGCGCGAAACGCCGGACGUGGUGGAGAAGGCAAUGCAAGAAUUGCGCGCCCUGCUGCAAGACGAAAAGACUCUCUACGUCCCGAUGGAUAAUGAUCCGUUCAUGAUUAAGUUCCUGCGUCCGUGCAAAUACUACGCCCAAAGUGCCUUUGAGCUGAUUAAGCGCUACUAUCGCUUCCGUAGCAAACAUCCGGACCUGUGCGAUGAGCUGUACCCCGUAUCGGUGAAGCAUGUCUACGGGGAAGGAUUGGUCCAUUUUCUCCCACUGCGCGAUCAGCAUGGUUCCCGCAUUUUGGUGCUCGAGUGUGGAAAGAAAUGGAAACCAGCGAAGGUGUCCCUUACCGAUCUGUUCCGCGCGGUACAGAUCGCACUGGAAGCGGGCAUGUAUGAGCCGCGCACACAGCUAAACGGUGCCAUCGUCAUACUGGACAUGGAGGGACUGUCGCUGUCCCAGAUCAUGCAGUUUACGCCCAAGUUCGCGGCGAUGGCACUCGACUGGAUCCAGCAGUGUACGGCGAUGCGUCUCAAGUCGGUACACAUCGUGAACAAUUCGUAUCUGUUCAAUAUGCUGUUUGCCAUCUUCAAACCAUUCUUGACGGAAAAGUUACGCAAGCGGCUAUUCUUCCACCAAAAGGAUUGGAACUCACUGAUGUCACACAUCGAUGCCAAAUGCUUGCGUCCCAAGUACGGUGGAACACUGGAAUGUCUGGAAACGGAUGGAAAGCUACUCGGUGAAAUGUUCGAGCUGUACCACAAAGAAUUUGAACUUGCCAACUCCUUCGGUUACCUCCGGAAACAGGACUAG